CGGCCGCUCCCGCUCCCGCCCGCCCUCGGCCCGGGGCUGCGGCGGGCAGCGCUGCCUGGCGCCGCGGAGCAGCCCGAGAGUCCCGGGCCCGGGGCUGUGUCCAGGCUGCAGCCCAGGAGCUCGGCGGCACGGUUGAUGGUCUUCUGGUCAGCAGCAUUCUGGGAAGAUGGCUCAGCCAGCACCCCUGAACCAGAACCUCCCAGAUCUUGGGGGCCCGUUCUUGUAUCGGGACCAGGACGAUGGAGAGAAGAGCUCGUAUUCUGUGGAAACCCCUUAUGGCUUCCUGCUGGACCUUGAUUUCCUGAAAUAUGUUGAUGAUAUUGAAAGUGGCCAAACACUCAAGAAAGUGCCACUGCCUCGCAGGGUGAAAGGGUCCCGUCCACUGCCCAGCAUGCUGCGCAGCCCCAGCAGCCACACCAGCGCCUGGACCUCCACUGAGUCCCUCACCUCCACGGCCAGCGAGGAGGGCAGGACUGCGCUGCUGCUGUCCUCACAUGGCCGAGCACCCCUGGAGCCUGCGAGCAAGUCAACCUCCCACCCCAUCUUGCCACCGCCGGUGCGGCUGCUCCCACCUCCCACCCGCAAGUGUCUUGUGCCAAACCCACGGGUGGAGAAGACCUUGCUGGAGACAAGCAGGAGGCUGGAGCAGGAGCAGGGCCGUUUGCAGGAUAUUGGUGGUCCCUCCCACGUUGACCUGCCGGGUGCCCUGGGCCAGCCACCCCACUGGGUGCCAGUGGGUGCCGAGGGCCAGGCAGGCUGGGGCCGGGUGAGCCCUGGCAGCUCGGGGCGCAGCACUCCAGCUGCAGGGCUCGGCACGGCCCCGCUGCAGCACGUGCGGGAGCAGAUGGCUGCAGCCCUGCGGCAGCUCCGGGACCUGGAGGAGCAGGUGAAAACCAUCCCACUCCUGGAGAUGCAGAUCUGCGAGUUGAAGAGGGAGAAGGCAAAGUUGCUGGAGAAGCUGUCGGCAGAGCCUGGCGAGGCAUUGUAUCACCCCUCUGGCUCUGAGGCAGGGGCAGAGGGUGAGGAGGGGGCCCAUACAGGGCCAGAGAGCGAAGCAGAGCCAGUGAAGGGACGAACAAGUAAAAUUGCAGAGCUGAGGAAGCUGACAGAGAAGCUGGCUGUGCCGGAGCGGAACAUCAGGGCUUGGCCAGGCAAGAGGGUGGCUGAGAGGCCGUGCCGCUCUGUGGCAGUGGGUGAAGAUCAGGCCAUGACAGAUGCCGUCUUCUACUACCGGUCGCAGCAGGAGAGUGGGGAUGCGCCAGACAGCGGCACGCGGCGAUGCAGGGAUGUGGCCGUCUGGGUGAUCGAGUCCUCGCUGGGGCUGGCCACUGAGGCAGAGCGGGAGCUGGAGCUGCUGCAGCAGACGGUAGGGCACCAGAAGGAGGUAAUCACCCUGAUGGAGGGGCACCUGCAGGAGGCCACGCGGGAGCUGGAGGAGCUGCGGCUGGAGGUAUGCGCCCGCCGGCCCCGCGAGCAGGUGGACAAGGAGGUAAUGGCCAUGCCACAGGUGGCCGAGGCACUGGUGGAGGCUGUGGUAGUGACACAGAGCCGGGCAGCUGGCGACCCCCCAAAGACAGCAGAGGCAGGUGUGGAGUGCUGCCCCUCAACGUCCUGUGUUGCCGUGGACUGCCGCCCUGACGGGCGGGACGUGGCAGUUGGACCCGAUUCAGCUGCCAGCUGUGAUGAUAAGGGCAGCCAGACAGAUGUGAGCAGCGUUGUCCUGGCAGGAGAGGAGAAGGAGUCCGGUGCGGGUGAGAUGAUGGAGCCUGGCCUGGGUGAUGGCCUGAGCAGCCUCUCAGCGCCAGGUGCAGGAGCAACGGCGGAGAUGUGCCCAGCCAGCCAAGGCCCUGGGCCAGCUGUACUGGAGACAACACACAGUAACUGGGGCCCAGCCCCAGCACAGGACAGUGGAGCUGCCCCAAGCCCUACAGCCAGAGCCCUGAAGUCCAUCAUGAAGAAGCGGGAUGGUCCUCCCCGGAGCAAGACAGAGGGCAGCAAGAAGAGCCUGCAGUUUGUGGGCGUGCUGAACGGAGAGUAUGAGAGCACAUCCAGUGAGGAGGAUGAAGAAGGCAACAGCUCCUCUGAGAAGGCUUCGGCCGACAGCUCCAACAGUUCAGAGCAGGGAGACACCGAAACCUCAGAAGAGGAGGCCGGGGAAGGCACGUGCGAGCCCAGACUGGAGUGCAAGGGGACUGAUAUGACCCUGCUGGAGCCCCCUGAGGUGAAGGAAAAGUUCGAGCUGAGCCCCAGGAUGAGGGAGGCCUGCCUCAUUGUCAAGACCCACCUGGGCCACCCGGGUGCUGCCAAGAGCAAAGAGGUGCUCGCCAGCAGCAGCCUGGUCCUUCAGGAGUGGUUCCGUCUGUCCAGCCAAAAGUUGUCCAUCCCUGACAUGGUUGCCAACCACCUCCUGGCCUUUGCCGAAGUCUCACCAGCUCUUCUGGCCCACGUGGUGAACCUGGCAGACGGGAAUGGCAACACAGCCCUGCACUACAGUGUCUCCCACUCCAACUUCCACAUCGUGUGGCUGCUGCUGGAUACGGCCCUGCAGCAUCUUGAGCCCCCUCUGCCCACUCCCUCAGGGAUAUGUAAUGUGGACCACCAGAACAAAGCUGGGUACACCGCUCUGAUGCUGGCAGCACUGGCAGCUGUUGAGCAGGAGGAGGACAUGAAUGUGGUCAGGAGGCUUUUCAGCAUGGGCAAUGUCAACGCCAAGGCCAGCCAGGCUGGCCAGACGGCGCUGAUGUUGGCUGUCAGCCACGGCCGGCAGGAGAUGGUGGAAGCCCUGCUCGCCUGCGGGGCUGACGUGAACCUGCAGGACGAGGAGGGCUCCACCGCACUAAUGUGUGCCUGCGAGCAUGGCCGCCUGGAGACCGUGAAGCUGCUGCUGGCUCAGCCCACCUGCAACAUCUCCAUCGUGGACAGUGAUGGUAACAAUGCUGUUGCCAUCGCGCUGGAGGCUGGUCACAGUGACAUCGCUGCGCUCCUCUACGCCCACCUCAACAGCAUGAAGGCACAGGUACCCCAGGGGACUUCACCGACAGCCACAAAGAGCCCUGGGAGUCCAAAGAAACCAAAUUAGAGUGACCUUGGGAUCCAGCCAGGGGCCAUCAUCAGCACUGGGCUGUGAUUCACAUCCCCUCAUCUGCCACCUCUCUUGUGCCAAACCGCUCUCUGCAGCUUUAGUCCCGUCACAAGCACCAUCCCUAGCCUCCCUCACCCGUCUCCUCCACUGGAUGCAGCCCACACGUGGCCACCUCACCACCAAGUGACCGGAGCCAAGUGACGUCAGGGUGGGACAUGGAGGGAGCAGAAGCCACCCCAUCCCCUCUGCUCCCUGCCACUACCACUGGAGCUGUGCCACCUGUGAGCCCUCAGCAAGGAGAACAACAGAGAACCAACCCAGAAGAAACACCGCCUGGUUUGUGCUCUCUGGCAGCUCUGAGAAGGCAGUAGUGACAGUGACAUGGAGCCGGGCAAGUGACAGAUCCUGGCCUCAGCAGGAGGGCAAGUGACAGAUCCUGGCCUCAGCAGGGACACUGCUCUGCAGGUACACCCUGUACAGCAAUGGGAGAGGGAAUGCUGCCUUGGACAGAGCUGGAAGUAUUUCCAGACUCAAAUACUUGCCCUUCUUUUCUGGCAUUUCCUUUCCUGGCUGAAAUCUGAUUUUUUUCCUCUUUUCAAGCACGUGCAUACAAAGCAGAAAAAUUAUAUUGCUUGGCCAAGGGAUGAAGUUCAACAUGAAAUCACUUGGGACUUGAUUUGCUCAAUGGGAGCAAAACCUCUGAGCAGUUGAGUUGCAGCCAAGUGACGAAAGGGGCUGAGGAUGCAUUUGGGGACUAAAUCUGCCUAUCUUAUAACCCACAAGGGGAACAGGUCCUUCUCCCAAGGGAAGAGAGACCAAUUACCUCCUAAACAUUUCCCUAAUUAGCCAAUCCCACAGACUGUGCAGACAGCCAGAGCCUACAGCAAAGUCCCUCUCUGCCCACUUUUCAUCCCAAAAGGGAGAGCAGCUGAAGACACCACCAGGAAAAACACAUGGGCCAGAAGAGCUCAGAGCACACACGUGGAAGCUGUAAAGGGGAACAUGUAUGUUAGAGAAUGCGUCUGUGCAAGUGUGUGAGCACCGUGUGGGGUGGGAACAGGGUAAGGACAAUGACCAGAAGAAAGGUUUUGCAUGACAAUGCAGCUCUGCUCUGAGCCCUUCACAAAGGCAUUGUUGUGGCCCACAUCCCUGCUCCUUGGCCCAGCCUACCCACUUCUGCCCCUGCUUGACCUGCUCUGAGCUGGGGAGCCCCACAGCCCUCUGCAGAAAUUUGCUGUCAGCUUUGCACUGGAGUUAAUAUAUAGCGCUUGCUGCCACUCCCUAAUACACUACUCUGUUUACUGGUAUUUUAAUACUGAUGUUUAUUUUUAAGAUAUAAAUAAAAUUUAAAGUUAUUUUGAAA